AUGAAUGCGCACUUCAUUGCCGAAGCGGUUUCACGAGACGACGGUCUGGAUCCGCGGCAAUCGCUGCCGAUGCUGAUGGAAUUUUCAAGAAACGUAUACGACACGGCGCAGGAGCUGGCUGCUUCAGAGUGCGCGGGUUGGACUGACACUUUGGAUAAUUCAGUUGUGCGCGCGGCGCGUGCGAACAUUUAUGACUUCGCGCUCAUUACACUCAAGAACGCUCUACGAGGACGUCUUGAGGCGCAUGUCGGUGAUGCGAUGUUUGUUUUGUCGCACCUUGAAUUCGCUAGAUCAACAAGUCUUGAGUACGCUCAAGUCCUUGGCGCGCUCGCGACGUUGCUGAAUAGUUUGCCGUCGAGUAGCGACGCGCCCGCCGCGAUGGCGUUUCUCGCGUCGUUACCCGAGCUCGCGGGCGACGCGUGGCGCGGCGACAAGAUUCUCGGCGCUCGAAUGCACCUAAUCCUCAGGCUACUGCCGUUUGCGUUGUCGAAGUUUACGACGCCACGCAUCAUCGUUGAUGUGUGUCCUUACGUGCGUCGAUGUUGCGACCACGAGGCGAAGCACGUCGUGAAAGCGGCGCACGUGGCGUACGUGGGCAUUUUCCACGCGCGUCCAGAACUCAACGGACAGUUGUUCCCAGACUAUCUUCGAAUGUCGCUCGAACGAUACCCUGCAUCCACGCCCCUAGAGCCGCUCGUCGCUGCUGUUGGAUUGGUGACCAAGUUCGGCGAAGCUGGAAGUGAGUUGGCGCUCUUCGUCGCGCGCGAGCUCUCUGAAAAGGUGAAGAACAUGGACGCGGCGCCGCCAACGAUGAGUUCAGAAGACCCGCCGGUCGAGCCUCUGAGACGAUUACUCUUUCAGCUCGUCACUUUGGUCGACUUUCCACUCAUACCUGUCAUACAGGACAUCUUAGAGGAUGCCGUUUUAGAUAGCUCGGACCCGUUCACGAGAGCGAGGCGGCACGAGACGCUCGCAUACACGGUGAUGCGAUGCCCGGAUUACGCGCGAAAGCCGAUGAUGGUUGAUUGGGUGAUGCAAAUGAAUAGCAAGUUGUGA